UGGCGAUGGCAGCGUGAGGCGCGAGCCCGGCGGCUCGGCGCAGUGCGCGCGCGCCGGUGAAAGGCGUCAUGUCGAUACUAUACGCAGUGAACAGUGUGCGGACCGCGAACGCCAUGGCCGGGUUACCUUAUAUGCGAAUAUUACUUAUUUGUGCUAUUUUAAUCAAUGGAAGCUACCAGCAGAAGGAUAAACCUGAGGACUUCGUGUGUCCUGAAGGAACACAGGGCAAUGGAAAUUUUGCUGACCCUGCCACGUGUAGGCGGUUUUACCAAUGUGUGGAUGGCUAUCCUUACUUGAACAGAUGUCCCUCUGGAUUAUAUUUCGAUGAUAUCAGCAAGUAUUGUACCUUCAAAGCUGAAGCCAGAUGCGGCCCCAUCGCCACAACUCCUGCACCAAUAACUGAAGCACCUUUGGACCUGGCUACUAAGUGUGAUCCUGCGGAAUGCCAGCUGCCAUACUGCUUCUGUUCCAAAGAUGGCACCCUCAUACCUGGAGGUCUCGAUCCAGAAGACACGCCCCAAAUGAUAAUGCUGACAUUCGACGGCGCUGUUAACUUGAACAACUUCGAACUGUACAAGAAAGUGUUCAAUGGGAAAAUCAAGAACCCUAAUGGCUGUCCCAUUAGAGGCACUUUCUUCCUGUCACACGAGUACAGUAACUACGCGCAAGUCCAAGCCCUUGCACAUGACGGUCAUGAGAUAGCGACGGGCACGGUAUCGCAGCAGCAAGGUCUCCAAGACAAAGGCUACGAAGAAUGGGCCGGUGAGAUGAUUGGCAUGCGCGAAAUUCUUGGCAAGUUUGCCAAUGUGUCGCGGUCAGAAAUCGUCGGCACGAGAGCACCCUUCCUUAAACCUGGCAGAAAUACCCAGUUCAAGGUGUUAGAGGACUUUGGUUACAUCUACGACAGUUCGGUGGGCGUGCCUCCACUGCCGAUCCCCGUGUGGCCAUACACACUCGACUAUAAGAUCGCGCACGAGUGCAAGUCAGGCACUUGUCCGACCAAGUCGUUCCCAGGUUUGUGGGAGGUCCCGUUCAACGCUCACUACGUAGAGACGUACGAGGGCGGACACUGCCCCUAUCUCGAUCAGUGUGUGCUACAUAAUCACGACUCCGAUGAGGUGCUAGAAUGGUUGCAAGAAGACUUCAGCCGGUACUACGAACAGAACCGAGCUCCUUACAUGAUGCCGUUCCACACGAACUGGUUCCAGAUUAAGGAGCUGGAGCGAGGUCUUCACAAGUUCUUGCAGUGGGCCUCUGGCUUGAAGGACGUAUGGUUUGUAACCGUUACCCAAGCCUUGACCUGGAUGACAGACCCUAAACCAGUGAAGUCUCUCAACAACUACGAAGCUUGGAGAUGUGAUCGCAAGGACUUCCCGGCGGCUCCAUGCAACUUGCCCAACAAAUGUGCACUAUCCUUCAAACCUGCUGAUACCAAUUUCACUGACACGAGGUAUAUGGAGACCUGCAGUGAUUGCCCCAACCAAUACCCAUGGCUAGGUGACUCUGGUGGGACGGGAAUUCCUGGCAAAGACAACUAUAUACCCGACAACCUUAGGAGGAAGUAGAGAGUAUGAGUAGUCCUAUAUUGACAUUAAACGAGUAUGUUAUCUAUUCAGAAUAGAUUUGCCUUAAAGUUUAAGUCUUAAAAUGAUUCAAAUGGUGUUGACAUUGUGUAUUGAGUUUGGGAUGAUAAGUAGUGCUAACAUGUUCCUUAAUAUCAUCCAUAAAGUAGAAAUAAAUUAGUAAAUAAUGCAGAAUAACAUGCACUGGAGUAAACCACUUAGAAUCCAGAGAAAUUCUGAAUGUCAGUAGAAAAUUACGCAGUGUAGUUUAAUUAGUAACAUAUAAAAAACCCUUUCUCUCACACAUACAAUUUUACUUUCAUUAAUUCAUUUUAACGCGCUGACAUAAUUACGUAAUUAAAUGUAAUGUCGAAAUGUAACUACUUAAAUGGACAAAAGUAGUCUAGACGCUAUCAUUCAAUUCUACACAGGAGUCGUUAACCAUGUCUCUGAAAUCCAGAGUCACAUUCUAUUCUGAAUAGAAAACAUACGAACAUUUUGUAUAUAUUUCGUGUUCUAAGUAAUUAAGGCAUAGUGACUAGUCGUCGCAAUUUAUUAUUUGUAAUGAUUACGCAUGAGACGUUCUUUCUAGUACUUUGUGGCGAGACAACUCGAACAAUUUAUUUAUAAGAUAUAAAAUUUCGUGUAAUUAUUAUUUGUACUUAUUGAACAGUUGCCAUGUUUUGACCAAAAUACUCCUUAACAAUGACAACACUGAGGGCGAGUUGCGUGACAAGCGAAGAUUUUUUUUUAAAUUAGCAACAUAUUUGGUCUAAAGUUUUGUUUGUAGCCCUCAAAGUUGUUAAGAAAUACCUCGAGAUACUCCUAGCUUGAUUUUACAUUAAAAUAUAUAUUAUAUAAAAUAUCUCUGAACAACAUUGGUGCUUUGUAAUGAUAAGUGGAAUAACUGUUUUCAUUGUUAACGAAUAAAAUAAUAUAUUUUAGAAA